CAUGAGAACGUGCCUCUCGCAAAGGGUCUUCUUCAUCCCUCUCCAGAAAAGGAGAAGAAGAAACACAAGAAGAAGAGCCUGGUGCAGAGCCCCAAUUCCUAUUUCAUGGAUGUAAAAUGCCUUGGAUGCUAUAAAAUCAACAUUGUCUUUAGCCAUGCACAAACAGUAGUUUUGUGUGUUGGCUGCUCUACGGUCCUCUGCCAGGCUGCAGGAGGAAAAACAAGGCUUACAGAAGGAUGCUCCUUCAGACGGAAGCAGCACUAA